AUGUGGUCGACCAUGAUCAUGCGCUUCCCUUCGCAGGCCAAGACGCUGUCGCGCGGCGCGCUCGUGACCGCGGGCAUGGCGGCGUUCGCGGCUUUCUCCGGCUCCUCGGCGGCGCAGUGCGAGGAGGCGCAGCAGCCCAAGGUGGCGCUGAGCCCCGAGGAGUUCCGCUCCUUCACGGUGCGCAAGGUGGAGGACGUGAACCACAACACAAAGCGCGUGACGUUCGACCUGCCGUCGCCCCACCACGAGAUGGGCAUCACCACGCCCAGCUGCCUCGUGGCGCGCGCCGAGGUGGACGGCAAGACGGUCGUGCGCCCGUACACGCCCACCAACGUGAACGAGGAGAAGGGCUUCCUCGAGCUCGUGGUCAAGGGCUACCCGCAGGGCAAGCUCAGCAAGCACAUCGUGGAGCUCAAGGAGGGCGACUCGCUCGACAUGAAGGGCCCCUUCCCCAAGAUCAGCUACUACCCCAACAGGUACAAGAGCAUCGGCAUGAUCGCCGGCGGCUCCGGCAUCACGCCCAUGCUGCAGCUCAUCAAGACCAUCUGCCGCAACCCGGAGGACCGCACCGAGAUCACGCUGCUGUACUGCAGCGUGUCCGAGGAGGACAUCAUCCUGCGCGAAGAGGUGGAGGCGAUGAUGUAUCUGUACCCGCAGAUUGCGGUGGUGCAUGUGCUGAGCAACCCGUCCGACCAGUGGAAGGGCCUGACGGGCUUUGUCUCCAAGGAGAUGGUCGAGAAGUACAUGCCGGAACCGUCGGACGACAACCUCGUGUGUGUCUGCGGCCCGCCGCCGAUGAUGUACCACGUCUCGGGCGACAAGGCCAAGGACAAGUCUCAGGGUGAGCUGCAGGGCUUACUCAAGGAGCUCAACUACACCUCGACACAAGUCUUCAAGUUCUAA